GACCAUGUACACAAUGUGAAAUGGUACAUUUUAAUGAUUUCUUUGAAACUAGUAACUCAGUUUUUGUAAAUGUCACUUUAAUUAUUUUAAAAAUGGAUUUUGUUAAUUUGAAUCAAAUGGAAGUCGAAAUCACAACACUUUUAAAUCUUGAAUGGGAAGAUUCCCGUAUCGAAAAUAAUGAUAAAACUAAAACCGAUGCUGUGAAUGGUAAAAUUUGGGAACCUUUAAUAACUUUAACUGAAGGGCGAUUUACAAAUCGAGUUCAAGACGAAAUAACUCAAUAUUGGCGUGCAAAUAGUCAUCGUGUUACACAUAAUUCGAAAAAAACUUUUAUUGUACAAUGUAGCCGAUAUUUUAAGCAUUACCCGUUUGAUACACAAGAAUGUUUAAUUAAGUGGAGUUCAUAUAGAUUUUCAAUUGAUGAAGUAAUGUUGGUGUGGACAAAAAUGCCUGUUCAAAUACAGACUUUGGCCCAACUUCAUGAUUUUGAUUUAAUCAAUGUACGAACGUAUUCUGAAGUGGAUAUAAGACCUUCAGGAAAAUUUUCUGUCGUAGUGGUGAAAUUAACAGUUAAACGACGAUAUGAACGUAUAAUUUUGUGUAAAUUUAUCCCCGUUAUAUUGUUGCUCAUAAUGUCCUACACAACUUUUUGGAUGUCUUUUAAAGAUGUAUACCAAUUUCGAUUUUACGUAUCAAUGUUACCAAUAAUUGGUGAAAUAUUUUUAUACAGUACCGUAUCUUGUUCGGUUUAUUCACCAAAAUUAACAGCACUAGAUAUCUGGUAUUUGGGAUGUAUUAUAUUAAGUUUGUACGCAUUUAUGCAUACGAUAUUGAUAGCAUAUUUAAAGUCGUUAUCGUUAAGUUAUACGUCAACUGCACCCAGUGCACCACCAGCAACAACAUCGUUAAUGGAAUAUGAACGGCAUAAACAUGAAAGAACAUCACCUGUUAUAAUUAAAUCAUCUUUUGCACCAUGGUUUGAUAAUAUUAUGAGGUUGCUAUUUCCAACUCUAAGCUUUACUUUGUUUGUGAUUUAUUGUGCGCUUUACAUAACAUAUAAAGCGUUUUAAAAUUCAGUUAACUAACGAAAAUGGAAUGACAAACACGAAAUGUCUAGAAUAAAUUAUUUAUGCCAAUAAUUUUGAAAAUUAUUCUAAUUAAUGAGAAACGAACAUAAUAACCAAAAAAAGAGAAACGAAAUGUAUUCGCCAUUUACGAGCAACACCCUGAGACAAAUAUUAUUACACAUAAUUUGUAAACAUAGAAUUAACGAAAUAAAUUUUUUUAUAACAUUUA